CAGAAAUGAUAAAUGUCACUGUUGUCAGCGUUUUGUGUUGUGGGUUGAGUUGAUUAUUGUUGUGCAAAAAUCCAAAAAAUAUUACAGGGUGUUCAAUUUACGAUAUUUCUCGUAUAACCGAGUAGAAGGAAAUAGCAGGCACCAUGACGGAAGUUUUACCCGUCGAAGAAGCAAGACAAGACCGCGUGGAGACGAUCCUGAAAGGCUUUCAAGUAAAUUGGAUGAAUUUGCGAGAUGCUGAUACAGGUAAGAUCCUCUGGCAGAACAAUGAAGAUAUGUCAAGUCCUGACCUGGAGCACGAGGCGCGUGUCCCCAAGCGCAUCCUCAAGUGUAGAGUGGUGUCCCGUGAAAUGAACUUCAGCUCUAUUGAGUCUAUGGAGCGCUUCCGUUUGGAGCAGAAAGUCCUGUUCAAGGGGAGAUGCUUGGAGGAAUGGUUCUUCGAGUUUGGCUACGUCAUCCCCAACUCUACUAAUACUUGGCAAUCAGUUAUUGAAUCUGCUCCUGAAUCUCAGAUGAUGCCUGCUAAUGUCCUCAAUGGCAAUGUCGUCAUUGAAACCAAGUUCUUCGAUGGAGAUCUGCUGAUAACCACAUCGCGCGUACGACUUUUCUACGUGUAAUUUAUUGUCACACAAACAAAGCAUUUACUAGUCA